AUGUCUGACAACGAGAACUUUGAGGAUUCUUCUGAAGAAGAAGUCAGCGGAUCUGAAUCCGAGGAGGAACCGAAAACUGAGGAUAACAAGCAGACUGAUGGCUGUGAUGAAGGUAACGAGGAGGAUAAAACCUUCAAGGACCUCGUAAGUGAAUGUUUCAACAUCUUGAAUUUUAAUAUUAUUUUAGGGCUUAUGUGAACCACUAUGUGAAGCGUGUGAACGAGUUGGAUGGAAGAAUCCGACCAAGAUUCAGUUGGCCUCGAUUCCACCGGCCUUGAAAGGAAGUGAUGUGAUUGCUUUGGCUGAGACAGGGUACGUUGUCCAUCAAAUUAUCUAUGUAUGAUUAGGUCGGGUAAAACUGGAGCCUUCGCCCUUCCAAUUCUACAAGCGUUAAUGGAAAAUCCCCAAAGGAACUUUGGAUUAGUUUUAUCCCCAACCAGAGAAUUGGCGAUUCAAAUCGCCGAACAGUUCACAGCUCUUGGCUCCGCGAUUGGACUGACAGUAGCUGUGGUCGUUGGAGGAAUCGAUAUGGCCACACAGGCCUUGUCUUUGGCGAAGAGACCCCACAUUGUCGUGGGUAGGUCACUUAUAACUUUGUAAAUAAGCCUCGUUCUUUAGCUACUCCUGGCCGGUUGGUGGAUCAUUUGGAGAACACCAAAGGAUUUAAUCUUCGCAGUAUUCAAUAUCUUGUAAUGGAUGAAGCUGACCGAAUUUUGAAUAUGGAUUUUGAGGUUGAAUUGGAAAAAAUUUUGAAAGCGUCUCCCAAGAACAGACGAACUUUCUUGUUUUCUGCUACAAUGACUCAAAAAGUAUCCAAAUUGGAAAGAGCGUCUCUUAAGAAUCCAGUCAAAGUUGAAAUUUCCAGCAGUAAAUAUCAGACCGUGGAUCAACUGAAACAAUAUUAUUUAUUUAUCCCCUUCAAGUAUAAGGUAUGCAUUGUUGCUAAUGAUUUGUGUUGACCCGAACUGUCGUUGAUCCGAAAAGUCGGGACGCAUGAUGGAUGACUUUAUUAUACGUAUUAUUUAGGAACCAUAUCUUGUUCACAUGUUGAAUGAAAAACGCGGAAACACGGUAAUCAUCUUCUGCAGUACGUGUGCAUCAGUAAUGAAGAUCGCCUUUAUGUUGAGGCAUCUUGGAUUCACUUCCAUCGCCUUGCAUGGACAAAUGAAUCAACCGGCUAGAAUUGGAGCUUUGAAUAAGUUUAAAGCAAAGGAUUGUUCUGUUCUGGUGUGCACUGAUGUCGCUUCGAGGGGUAUUUUCAAUUUUCCAUUUUUGGUUUUUAUCGUUUAGGUCUGGAUAUUGCCAAUGUGGACGUUGUUAUCAACUAUGAUGUGCCCACAAAUUCAAAGGAUUAUAUUCACAGGGUGGGAAGAACUGCUCGUGCUGGGAAAGCUGGCGUUGCAAUCACAAUUGUAACACAAUAUGAUGUGGAGAUUUAUCAGAACGUGGAAUCGAAUCUUGGGAAGAAGUUGGAUGAAUUCAAGGUAUCUCAUGAUGAUAUAAUGCCUCUGGUGGAACAUGUGACCCAAGCCAUCAGACAUGCAGCCCAGCGGUAUAAAGAGACAAAUGAGGGACAAAAGAGGGCAAAAGGAGGGGAUGAUGUCAAUGCAAAAAAGAAAAAGUUUAAAGGAAGGCGGUAA